CUUUGAUCGGUCAAGCAGUACAUGGGGGGUUGUUAGAAGCCACAGAGGACGAGCGCCUAUUGCGUAUGCAGGAGCUGGGGGUUUUCUAAGGUCACGGUCAAGGAACGUGAUGACGCCUGGUGCAAACUACAGGGACUUACAUUAGCGAACGUGAAAGCGAGUUAUAUAUAUCUGUUGGCCGCGCUCUUGCUUCAAAAUUGCGACCUUCCUUCCGCAAGAAAGGUUUACGGCCCUGCUGGAUCACUGGGCAUACGAUGGCAGGUGCCUUGAGGUAGGCACACGGCAGUGGACGACGAAGAUUUCAACAGCGGCUCACGACAAAGACCUCGAGGCCGACAAUGUUUUGCUGCCGUCGCGAUUCGGGAUCCCAUCGUCUGGAUGGCCUCCAUGUGUUGACAACCAUACGCCAUGAGAUGGCAGCCAAGGAAGGAUGCCAACGGUACGGCACACUGUCCACAUUUCGUGGUGAAGGAAAAGGACGGAACCAACCACUCGGUCCUGUUUCAUGUGCGAUACUCCAAUGUUACUCGGCAUUACGAGAGCAUGGUCCACCAUUGGUGCUCCGUAGACCACACUGCCACAGCACUAUUUGAACCUCAACCUCUCUUGUUCGAACUAUUCAACAUAGUGCUGCAAAUGGAUAUUGAGGAGUUCACACCUUCCGUCUCCCAAGUCUUGGCACAGCUACUAGAGUAUCGCCCUAAUGGCUUGGAUACGGCCUACCAAGCACUCUUUCCCCCGUUGCUGACCCCGGCCGGGUCUUUGGGAUAAGCGUGGAAAUGUUCGGCGUUGUCAUGUCUGAUGCAAGCCUACAUUCGUAGGCGGCACCAGAGUUGCUGAGACAAGUAAAAUCACAUAUUGGGUGCUUUCCAAAAGCUGAUUUCGUCAAGAGCUACAGCGACCAAUACAUUUGACGUGCUGUUACCAGCGAUUCUUCACUUUCCACAAGAAGAAAUGGAAACGGGUAUUGCUACAUUCUUUCAGCUGGUGUCGGCACGGUUGCAAGCGGGCAAAAUGCCCAAAUAUGUCCGGUUUUACACACAGCUCUCUUCAUUGGCAAGUGUAACGCGAAUGUGUUUUUGAAUUAUAUGAACACAAUGCAGAAUGGCUUUUCAUCGAACUUGUUGGAGCAUGUAUGGAUCCCACGUGUG